AUGUUGUCAGGUUCGUUGAUGCGCGGGCUAGAGUUUUGAAUCACCCAAUCUUAGGAAGACUUAGCGCUGAUACUCGAUGCAAACCCAAAGACAUUGCUGGAACGAAGAAUGGACUUAACUUCGAGAUCGACGGCCAGCGCACUGACGAUGAAAGUGGUCGCAAGGUGGAAGUCAAAAGUUACAAGUGUCCAAUUUGUAAUGGUAAUCAUAUCCUGCCACGGUGUAGUCAUUUCCAGAAAGAGUCUCCUGAAGGCCGACUCAAGUUUGUUCGUAAACGAGGACUAUGUUACAACUGUUUGUUUCAAGGUCGUAUUGCUACAUCAUGUCCUAAGAAAAGUUUCUGCAAAGUGAACGGCUGCCAAUUAAAGCAUUCUACAUAUCUGCAUCCUAAAAGCAACCCUCGAUUCGCUGAGAAGUCGUCUGGUCCUCAUGUCCCAAAUAAUCCUGACAAUCGCUCGAAUUACGAUUCGCGUGCCAACAACAACGGUUGUGCGAAUGCCACCAAUGUUGGAAAUGAUGUCAACGGGGCCGGUGUCACGGCGACUGGGUUACCAUUAGUAUCCGUUAAAGUAAGAUGUUCUGGUUCAUCUCGAGUCAUAACGUAUGCGUUUUUGGACUCAGGCUCUAACACGACAUUCUGUACGGAUGAAUUGUUGAAACAACUUCGCGUUUAA